GACGUGGCGCUUUGCGCGUGGAGCCCGAGGUGGUGACGAGGGUUACGUUUCGAGAAACAAACAAAUAAACAAGAACAACAACUUUGGCUUCGGCCGGGUUAUUAAUCAUGGCACGUGCACUGCAGCUGCACCCGCUGCUCCAACGUGCGCGAAUGAAUGAAGUGACUCGUAACCGGACGUGACCGUGUUUUCCGCGCGCGCUGCGGUCGCGGUCUGGCGGCGUCCUUGGUGACGCUAAAAAAAGAAAGAAACUUGGGAGAGGAAGACAUUUAAUCGAGUCUGUGUGUGUGUGUGUGUGUGUGGGAGACGGAGGGAGGGAGAGAGAGAGAGAGAGAGAAAGAGACGCGCACACUGCGGGGGGGGGGGCAGUUUAAAUAAGACAGAAGAGAGGCGCAGAUGCGAACGGCCGUUCGGGCUCUGCAGACACACACACGCACACACAUACGCACACACACGCACACACACGCACACCGGAUGAUGAGACAACCGCCGAGCGACCGUCAGCGCUGUACGGCUCGGCAGCCCACUGCAGCGCGAGGACACCCACUUUACCGUGGUACCGCGAGAGCGAGGGGGCAGUAGGGGGCACGGCGCGAUGGUGGUGCCCCCCCUUGUUCCGCGCGCUCCUCCUCGCACCUGCGACUAGACGCGCCCACGCCACGGCACGGAGGAGCUGGCGAUCCGACGCGGGCGGAUGUGCGGGACCCCCGCGCUGGAGGACACGGACGGUGGAGCCGCCGCUCGGCACCCUCAGCUCCCCCCCCCAUGGCGCUCGUGAUGGAACCCGUGAGCAAGUGGACCCCGGGACAGGUGGUGGACUGGAUGAAAGGCCUCGACGACUGCCUCCAGCAGUACAUCAAGAACUUUGAGAGGGAGCGGAUCGGUGGCGAGCAGCUGCUGCGCAUCACCCACCAGGAGCUGGAGGACCUGGGCGUGUCUCGAAUCGGACACCAGGAGCUCAUCCUGGAGGCCGUGGACCUCCUCUGCGCGCUGAACUACGGGCUGGAGACAGAGAACCUAAAAACGCUGUCCCAUAAGCUCAACGCCUCGGCGAAGAACCUGCAGAACUUCAUCACGGGUCGGCGCCGGAGCGGGCACUACGAUGGGCGCACGGCGCGCAAGCUGCCCAACGACUUCCUCACGUCUGUGGUGGACCUCAUCGGGGCGGCCAAGAGUCUGCUGGCGUGGCUCGACAGGUGCUACUUUUUCUUCAGGUCCCCCUUUGCUGCGGUGAGCGACUACUCUGUGACCAGGAACAAUGUAAUUCAGCUGUGUUUGGAGCUCACCACCAUUGUACAGCAGGACUCGACGGUGUACGAGACUGAGAACAAGAUCCUACACGUGUGUAAGACCUUGUCCGGAGUGUGCGACCACAUCAUCUCGCUGUCCUCCGACCCGGUGGCCUCACAGUCGGCUCACCUAGAGGUAGUUCAACUGUCAAACGUCAAGCCUGCAGAGGGACUGGGUAUGUACAUCAAGUCCACGUAUGAUGGGCUACAUGUCAUCACCGGAACAACCGAAGGAUCCCCAGCUGACCGUUGUAAGAAGAUUCAUGCAGGGGAUGAGGUGAUCCAGGUCAACCACCAGACUGUGGUGGGCUGGCAGUUGAGAAACUUGGUGAGCUCCCUGCGUGGAGACCCUGCUGGUGUGGUGCUGACACUGAAAAAGCGGCCGCAGAGCACGCUAGGCUCCGCCCCCGCCUUGCUAAAGAACAUGCGAUGGAAGCCCCUUGCCCUGCAGCCCGUCGUUCCCAAGAGCCCCAGCAGCAGCGUGGCCACCCCCAGCAGCACCGCCAGCACCAUCAGCACGCCCUCCAAGCGAGACAGCUCUGCUCUGCAGGAUCUCUUCAUCCCUCCGCCCCCCGCGGAGCCCUACACCCCCAGGGACGAGGAGGGAAACCUGCCCGCCGACGACCCGUCCCGUCGCCACGGCGGUGUUCCCGUCGCCGAGGGCUCCGAGUCGCCCAACUCCUUCCUGGACCAGGAGUACCGCAAGCGCUUCCCCCUGAGCGACGAGGAGUCCGUUCUCUACUGCUACGAGUACGACAAGAGCCGCGGAGCCUCGUCCGGGCGCAGGGACAGCACGCCCACUUAUGGGAGGUUGCGGCCCAUCUCGAUGCCCGUGGAGUGCAACUGGGUGACAGAUUAUGAGGACCCAGCUAAGAUGAAAAGAGAGGGAAGAAGAGACAACUCCCUGAUGCGCUAUGCGGGCGAGGAGAAAGGAGCUGCGGACGAGUUCCGCACGCGGAGCAGCAAGCGGGACACCGGCAGGAGGGCCAAGAAGAAGGGCGAGAAGGGCGGCAGCCCCGGCGCCCACUACACCCUGCUGCCCUCGCUGCAGAUGGAGGUCAUGAGGCAGGAGUCCGCGUCCACGCCGAGCUCCGACUCCGCGUCCCUCUACCAGACCUUUCAGCAGCAGUCGUCACUGCUCUCCAAGUCCAGGAAGAAGAACAAGGCCGGACCCCUGGCGUCCAUCAGCAAGCGGCGCAUCUCUUGCAAGGACCUGGGGCGGGGCGACUGCGAGGGGUGGCUCUGGAAGAAGCGGGACGUGAAAAGCUACUUCUCGCACAAGUGGAAGAAGUACUGGUUUGUGCUGAAGGACUCGUGUCUCUACUGGUACCUGGACGAGGAGGAUGAAAAGGCAGAGGGCUUCGUGAGCCUCCCGGAGUUCAAAAUUGACCGGGCCAGCGAGUGUCGCAAGAAGUACGCCUUCAAGGCCUGUCAUCCCAAAAUCAAGAGCUUCUACUUUGCUGCCGACAGCGUGGACGAUAUGAACAGGUGGUUGAGCCGGCUGAACAUGGGCGCCGUGGGCUUCGCCGAGCGAGAAAGGAUUCGGCAGGAGCAAGGAGAGAGGGCAGAAUACUGGAGCGAAAGCGAGCACGAGGACAACGAGACGCCAUCCACACCCAAGCAGGGCAGCCCCCCCCCGCCUUACGACACCUACCCUCGUCCGCCUUCGAUGAGCUGUGCGAGCCCUUACCUGGAGCCCAAACACGGGCGUCUCUCCUCCACGGAGACGUCCCAGUCGCGAUCGUCCCACGAGGAGUUCCGUUCCGAGCCACCGGGGGGCAGCAGCAGCGGCGGAGGCUCUCCGGCACGCAAGUCGACCAGCCAGCGGCGCUCGUGGCAGGACCUGAUCGAGACCCCGCUGACCAGCUCGGGGCUGCAUUACUUGCAAACGCUUCCCCUGGAGGACGCGGUGUUUGGCGAGCCGGGGGCCGGACUGUCCCCCGAGGGCCGGCGCCAGUCCACACUCCCCGCCCAGCGCAGCCUGCUGCACGAGCACUACGGGCCCCUGGCCUCAGGCGGCGCUGACCAGCUGCUCAGUGUCCCCGGAGGAGGCGGCAAACCUCGCAGCUACACCCUGCCUCGGGACGGUGGGCUUCACGCCCUUUUCAGCACGUCCACGAGCGGAGAGCACAGCGACGCUCAGCGGUGCCAGCGGGGGUGGAGCCAGAGCCACGAGAGAGACGCAGGCGGAGAGCAGGAGGGCCGGCAGCCCGCGGACUCCCUGCAGGACCUGUACCGCGCUCUGGAGCAGGCCGGCCUCACGCCCAUGGGUGAGCACCGAAUGUCCACGAGGCUGCAGCUGAAACGCUCGUUCGUCCGCCGCUGCACCGACCCGCUCCUUAACGACCAGUCGCAUCGGCUGCGCAUCCUGCAGAGCACGCUCAAGGUGGGAGUCCGUCUGUCCCUCGCUCCCCGCCUCCCUCCCCGCCUCCCUCCACGCGUCCGUCCGCCAUCGCUGGGGCUCCGCUCCGAGGACGCGCCCGUCACCGUUGUCGAGGAGCCGAGGUUCGGAGCCGCAGCCGCGGCGGACGGGUUCCGCUUCGGCGCUGCCGCUCGGCCCGCUUGCGCUCUGCUGUCGCGCUCCGUGUGGAGGGGAGCCUGGCCCUGGGGCUCCGCCAGUCCAGUGCGCGAGUGUUUGUGUGCGCGUGCGUGCGUGACCUUCAGCUGGUGGCCGAUCCGUUCCGCUGCUCCGUUGCUCCGCUGCUCUGUUCUCCAGGCCUUGCGCUGCUUUGCUCCGCUUUGACCGCCUUGGGUCGGGACCCUUUGAACGGGUCGCCGGGGUUUGUGCUGCUGCUCCGCGCCCCUCGUUGUGUACUGUGGGACACCGGUGCUGAGGGAACCUGUUCCGGCCGCAUCCGCCCCUCCGCCCACAGCGCUCUCGACGACCGGCAACCAGCCUCCUUGUUUAGCGCUUUAACCGCUUUGCUCUCGUUCUUCCUUUCUGCUUUGCAUGUUACUGUGUGUAACACGACUGUUUACAUGCCUCUGUACAACGGCGCGUGUGUGUGUGUGUGUGUGUGUGUGUGUGUGUGUGUGUGUUUGAGAGCGAGAGAGAGCCUCACCUCAUGCCCUUCAACCUCUAUCUCCGUGCCCCACCCCAGGACAGGGAGUGGGAGAUGGCUUUGAUUGACAAGCUUCUGACCAAUCCCAAGCUCACAUCCUGCGAGUUCCAGGAGUGGAA